AUGGCCUCUGCCUGGAUCUGCUUCCAAUGCAUCCCUCGUCGUCGCCGUCUUUUUGUUCUGGCGAAAAAGGAAAAAAGGAAGAAAAACGGUAUUCAUACCGCUGCUUUAAGAGCCUCGCCAAGCCGCUGCACUUUUUCCAGCGCUGUUUUAAACGUAACUUCACCUGUCAAAAAGUCGAGCGAAGGAAAGAAACAAACAAGACGAAGAAAGACGAAGAAAGACGAAGAGAGAGAAAGACGAAGGAGAAAGAUCAAGCCAGCUCAGCAUGACGAACGUGCCAGCGAGGACUCGCUCGGUGUACCGGGCCAUACUACGCGAGCUGCCUUCCCGGCCGCGCUUCUCGCCGUCUCCCCUCCAGACCAAGAUCCGCCAGCACCUGUCUACCGCACCCGCCGACGCCGACGCUGCUCGGGCGCAGCUGGAAGAAGCAGAACAGUUUGCGCAAUACGUCAAGGCCCAGAGACAGUAUGUUACGCUGCUGGAACGAUAUAA